AUGUCCUCCCGCAAGAGAAAGUCCGAUGAGGAGGAGGAGCUUGUCGCGCUCCCCAGCGACGAAAGUGAAGAGGAAGAAGAAUACGUCUCAGAGGGAGAUGAGGACGAAGAGGAUGAGGGUGACGACGAUGACGAGGAGUACGACGAGGAAGCCGGCCCUGAGGAGGAGGAGGAGGAUGCAGAGAACGGUGUCGAACAGAAAGCGCCUCCCUCCAAGAAGCGGAAGACUGCUGAGACUACCACCGAGCCUGCCACAGUAGACGACGAAGAGGAAGAGCCCGAGGAAGCAGACGAGAAUGUCGAAGGCGAGGAAGAGGUUGACGAGGAAGCCAAGCUCGACGAAGAGAAUGGCGUCAAGGGCACUGAGGAGUCUAUCAAGGCCAAGGUCGGCGGUACUGCCCCAGCUGCUGAUGUUAAGGGCGACGACGCUGUACUGGCGGCUGCCGGUGACGACGAGGAGGACUGA